AUGCCCCAUCCCCACCCUGCAGGCCAGGCUCUCACCUCCCGCCGAAAACGCGCGUUGGACGAGACCAACAUUAUCGCACACGAUGCUAAUGCUGAGGAGCGCGAUAGAACCACGGGGCGCGUACAAAGACAACGGACGAGUUCGACUACGUCCGUUGAGACUAUUCGUGUGCGUCCUACUAGUACUAUUAAGGGCAUCGUCGGCCUUGGGGUGGGGAAGCCACUCGUUGCGCUCACUCUGCCCAAGCCACUUCCCCAGUCAUCAUCUGUGGGGAGCAAGAUACCCAUACCCAUUCCCACAUCUACGGCCAAAUCGACCACAACUACCCCACCACAGCCGCGCAAGUCGAUAUUGAAGAAACCAAAGCUUGCCAACCUCGGCGCGGCGGCACAAACUGUCCCCAUCGUCGCCCAUCAGCCGGUGGUGGAACCCGUGGAUGGCCCGCGCGGCGAGGAGGACAUGGACAUGGACGCGGAGUUGUUGAAGCUCCAGAUGGACAUGGAUAUGGAUAUGGACGCGAUACCCUCUAUACCUAGUCCGCCUGACAGUCCGCCUCUGCGCGCCGCUGAUCCUCCUCCCCAAUCGAGUGCUCGGGAUGCUCUCACCAAUAACGUUCGGAACGCCCCUGCGCCUCCUCCACCAACACCAACGUCGACUUCUACCUCCCUCUCAACAAUAAAAGGAACAAAAAAACGCUCCAGCACCAACACCAAACCAAAAACACCCUCCAUCUCCUUUCCCUCCAUCGACGCAAAGACAAAAGGGAAACCGUUGGUCGCGUUAUGUCCCAACACUUCCAGGUCUUCUCAAGCCCAGAAGCACAUACGCACCAAGUCCACGAAAACCUCCAAAGACCAAGGAACCAACCCCCAAGCUCAAGACCAAACGAAACAGCCCCUUCAAAAAUCAAGUGCCAAAAUCGAUAAAUGGGGCUGCGUACACCUCGGAGCGGCGGAUUGUGUCCUCAAGAUGACGUUCCCGCAGCCGCAUUGUGAGGUUUGGGAUAUGAGGGAUGACGUAUGCAUCGCCUGCCCGGCCAUCUUACACCUCACCCCAAAGGACCCUGCUCGCUGGGAUGCCACUCCUCUAUCGAUGCCGGACGUCAGCCUCAUGGACAUCCAAUGCAACGUCAUCGUUCCCACCUCCAGCAGCGCGCACGACCCCAACGCGUCAUAUCACACCCAAUUCAUGGGCGCGGAGAUUGGUCCGACCAGUAAGGAUUGUCCGCCCAAGGUUCCGGAGGACAGCAUCACAGUUGAGGGGAGGUGGGUUCGGGCGUCUAGUUACCCGCCUACGGACGCGAAGAAGAAAGACGACCUGAAGACCAACAACAAGACCAAGCAUAAAACCAGGAACUCACUAGCCCAAGCACUAGGGAUCGACCUUGACCUUGACAUCAUCCCCGAACCCACAUCCACCUCGUCGAAAGAACACCCAGAACGUAGUAGCCGUGGGUGGUUCCUCAAAAUAUGGAUCCCUAUCCCCACGCGUCUGUUCGUCAAGAAGGAGACGAGGAUUUUCAAGGUGGUCGCCAAGGUGUGGAUGAUGGGUGAUGAAGAUCGGGAUUUUACGUAUUUGGAUGGAGAGGAGGAGGGGGGAAUGAGUGCGGAUGGGCUGGUGGAUAAGGUCAUUCCUUUAUUAUAUUGA